CUUGCAACAAACAACAAGGACAAGAUGAUCGCGAGCGUCAAGUGAAACAUAUCUUCGAUGGAGACUAGACAUAUUAGAUACGUUCUCCGCAUUUGUCAGAAUGACAUUCAAUUUAGCUGCCUUUUCAUAUAUCAUAGCAUUAAUUGGUGACGCAUUUUUAAUAUUUUUUGCGAUAUUUCAUGUAAUCACAUUCGAUGAAUUAAAGACUGGAUAUAAAAAUCCAAUCGAUCAGUGUAAUAAUUUAAAUCCGCUAGUUCUUCCGGAGUAUAUAUUGCACAUUGUCAUUAACGUUUUCUUUUUAAUCAGUGAACAAUAUUUUUCACUGUUCAUCAAUAUUCCACUGAUAGCCUAUCAUGUAUGGCGAUACAUGAACAGGCCUUUGAUGACAGAAUCUGGAUUAUAUGAUCCUACAAGCAUAAUGAAUGCUUAUGAUCUGUCUAUUUAUCAAAGAGAAGGAUGGGUUAAGCUAGCAUUUUAUCUACUUUCAUUUUUCUACUAUUUGUACGGAAUGAUCAACUCGUUGAUUAAUUAAAACCAGUAACCAUCACAAAAUUAAUCUUGUUGAUGAAAGAAUUUUUCAUUUUUCUUAUGUAAUAACGCAUAUAUUGGAAGUACAAGUGGUAAUUACAAUUAAUUUAUUGUACUGAACAUUUUAUAAUAACAUAACAUGAGAGGAGAAAGUUUGUUGAUUAUAUAUCUAAAUAAUCUGUCAACAUAACAUAC